AUGACUUCGGACCUUUUUAAAGAAUACAUUAUCGACGAAAACGAGUUUUCUCAAAUUCUCGAAGAUUUACUUUCAAAGUCAGUCACCCUGGAUAAUAAUACUUUUAAUAACGCUGCGACAACUGCAGCUCAACAACAACGUCCAACACCUUUAGAUCCACAAAGGAUUUUACGUCAAAUGAUUAGUCUUUGUAAACACAUUUAUUCAAGAGGUUUUAUUGAAGGAAGUGGAAGUGAUGUAACGAUAAAAGCUUUUGAUAAAUACUAUAAUUUACAUAGAAUCAUUCUUUAUCAAAAUUCAUAUUUUUCAGUAUUAUUAGAAGGUCCAUGGAAAGAACAUGGUCAAAAAGCAAUUGGACUUCGAUUUGACGAUGAAAAUAUUACGCGUGACGCAUUUGAAUUUGCUUUGGGUCGUUUAUAUGGAAAAUUUGAUGAAGUAGUAUUACCAUCUCAAGUUAUUAACCUUCUAGCCACAGCAUCUUUUCUUGAUCUACAAGAUUUAUGUGAAAUGUGUGUAGAAGUAAUAUUAAGGGAUAUUAAAGAUGAUACUGUAGUAGAUUAUCUUAAUUUCGCCACAUCUCAUUUUUAUGGACCUCAUUCUGAAAAAAUUACCGAAUCAUGUUUCACUUAUUUAUGUAGAGAAGGAUAUGAUAACAUAAAACUUGAACCAGCAUUUUUAUCAUUACCAGCAGAAUGGUUAAAAAGAGUGAUAGAAAGUGAUGCAUUUUGGGUUCCAAGUGAAUAUGAAAGAUAUUUAUUUGCAAAAAAUAUAAUUGGUAAGCGAAGAAAAUUAUUAGCCGAACAAAGACGAAAUCUAUCAAUGUCGAAUGUAGAAUUAUCGGACUUAACGGACUAUUCUAUUCCAUCUUCCCCAACUAUAACAACCACACAAAAUUUAAAUGGACAAUCAAUUGAUAAUACCUAUAACACAAAACGAUCAGCUUCUAUACGUUCAAUAUCAUCGUCUUCUUUACAUAUCGAAAGGGAUGAAGCAAUUUACACGGCUAUUUUUACUUACGCCAUUUAUUAUGCACACAUGCCAUAUGAAGAAUUAAAAUCGAUUUUACACGAUUAUGAUUCAACUACAAAUGUAUCCUAUGCGCCUGACUUUGUAGUAAAGGACGCUCUAUGGCAACAAAUUGAUCUUCGUAAUAAAAUUGAAAAUUCAUCAGAAACAGAUAUUACUUUGGGUAUUUCUUCUUCUGAAAUACCAUCCAAUUCGACAGGAGUUCAUUUUGAAAUUCCUUCAGAUGAUACGACACAUAUAGGAGAAGCACUUACGGGAUUAGAUGAUGUUGGUGGAAAUAAAACAAUGAAAGAUGGUGAAGGUACGCAACUUGGAGUAUAUUUGCACCGUCAUUCAAUGCCAGAUCCAUCACCAACCAACAACUUCAAGAGUCCUAACUCUUCUCCAAAUUCAGAAGAACGAUAUUCUCGCCUGAUGAAAAAUAAUGAUAAUAAUGAGGCGAGCUUUUCGCGAUAUGCUGAUAAGAGGAGAACCGUAAGGACUUGGUUUAAGAUUCUUUGCCCAGCUCGAGGUCCCAGUCACAUAUUGACCCAAUUUCAAAGUAGCCCUGAUGAUUUCGCAAUAAUGCAAAGUUGGGGUUGGAGAAGUUCAAGUCUAUGUCAAGAUGAUUAUCUUUUGAGUGUUAAUGAAUACAAUAAUUCUUUAUCUAAUUCACCUACAACAUUAAAGUUUUCAGUGGUAAUGGGACACUAUUUAUCUCAAACUGGAUUUACAUUUUCAACAGCACUUGCAUUUUAUAAACGGAUUACAUAA